AUGUCUACGAAAAUACCGAAUGUGACUACACUUGGAAUAGACCUUGGAACCACGAUGUCCUGCAUGGCUGGGAUGGUGCACGGUGAGCUCCAGAUCAUCGACAACUCCGAUGGUGAGCGAAUCACGCCCUCGAUAGUCUGCUUCCCAAAGGACAGCAAGACUGGCAAGGUGAGCGUAGGAAGCAAUGCCAUUCUGGCGGCACAGACGAACCCAGACAACUACGUCUACGAGGCAAAGAGGAUGUUUGGAAAGGGAUACUGGAACAGUGACAUCCAGAAGUCGAUGAAAUACUGGCCAUUCAAAAUCAGGGAGAUCAAGGGCGGAAAGAGCGAGGCAGACAAGACGAAGGUUGAGGACAACAUUGGAAUUGUGGUGAACAUCGACGGAAAGGAGCAGAUCUACGAGCCAAUCCAGAUAUCUGCGUCGGUGCUGAACUACAUGGCCGAGUCAGCACGAACCAGACUGAAUGCAUUUCCAACAUUCAUCGUGAUCACUGUUCCGGCGUACUUCCACGACGGUGCGAAGCAGAGGACGCUGGGUGCGUCACAGAUCGCAUUUGGAAGGAAGAAGGACGAGAAUGGAAACAGCCUCGAGGUGAAGACGGUGCUGCUGGCUGAGCCAACUGCGGCAGCAAUGGCGUACGGGUCGAUGAUGAUCAAGAACAAGCAGGUGAAGCCGAACCAGGACGAGAGGAUUCUCGUCUUCGACCUCGGGGGCGGGACGUACGACGUGUCGAUCUUGGAGUUCUGCUACGACGAGAGCAACCCGGUUGGGGAGGUGAAGGCGACUGAUGGAGACAACUAUCUCGGAGGAGGCGACUUCGACAACAUCAUCGUGAAGAUGGCGAAGGAGGAGUUCGUGAGGAAGUUUGGCCAGGAGACGGUGGACAACUGCGACCCAACUGAGGCAAAGAAGAACGAGAUCAGGCUGAGACAGGAGGCGAUCAAGGUGAAGACGCAGCUGAGUUCGAACACGACGGUGACGUUCAACCUGCCCUGCUACAGGGGCGAAAGAGGAAUCAACUUCGAGCUGAGUCGAUCUCGCUUUGAGAGGGCGUCGAAGCAGCUGUUCGACCGCCUCGAGGAGAAGGUGAAGGGCGUCCUGCUCUCGUACGGCAGAAUCAACUCGGUUUACACCGACAACGGCGUCCUGGACGCGUCGGCCACGAUACGCGCCAACCCGGGGUGCAACACGAACUUGGAUUCGGUGAUCCAGAACAGCAAGAAGGAGAUUGAUAGGGUGAUUAUGGUCGGAGGCAGCUCGAGAAUACCAAAAGUGAGCCAGACACUGAUGAGGAUGUUUGGGGAGACCGAGACUACGCCUACGGCGCAGAAGAAGGUGGUGGCCGUGAUGAAUCCGGACGAGUCAAUUGCGUACGGUGCUGGAUACUACGCAAAUGCGUGCUGCCCAGCAGAGGGAGACCAGGGUGGCCACAUUCUGCUCAUUGACAAAGUGCCAUUGCAUCUGUGCAUAGAGACCCUUGGUGGACAGGCCACGCCGCUGAUUCACGCAAGGACUCCAAUUCCAGCAAAGCAGACGCAGGUGUUUUCGACAGCGGCAGACAACCAGACAGCCGUGACCAUUCGAAUCACGCAGGGAAACAGGGCCAAGUCGUGCGACAACUACAACGUGGGUGAAUUCAACCUCGAUGGAAUUGCACCUGCCAGGAAGGGAGAGCCCAAGAUUGAGGUGAGCGUAGAGGUGGACGAGAACAACCUGCUGAAGGUGACAGCGAGGGACCUGAACACGAAGAACGAGCAGAUGUUCGUCCAGAAUCUGAGCAAGAAUCUGUCUGACGAUGACAUUGAGAGGAUGAAGAAGGUGGCAGAGGAACACGAAGAGGGAGACAGGGUGUUCAGGCAGCGAACAGACGCCAAGAACACCCACGAAGCGUGGUUGUACAUGAUGGAGGAUGCGUGCGAGAAGAGCACUGCCCCAGCAGAUGUUGUUAGUGGAAUCAAGGCCGACAUUGAUCAGGAAAUCAAGUGGCUCAACUCAGAGGAGUUCAUGGGGCUGACAGUGGAGGAGAUCAACAGCCACAUCCAGGAGCAGAAGGACGCAAUCAGCAAGAAGCUGGCAACGCAGGGGGCUGGGGAUGCGCAGCAGCCACAGGGCAAUCCAGACGUGACACCGAUGUGA